AUGGCGACGACCACCGGCGCUCAGCCAUCUUCCUCCUCUUCCUCUCUCCCUUCUUCGCACUCGAGCGGAGGAGCGCAGGUGGCGUCCCGAGCCUCUGGCCUGCUGGAUCCCCGUGAUCCACAGGUUGACGCAGCCAUCUUCGCGUUCCUCCUUGGCGUCCUGACGGGACACCCGCUGCGGCUGGCCAUCACCGACAAUCGUGGCCGCUCAGGUGUGCUUGCGCUGCGCCGCCUCCGCGAGCGCUACAUCCGCAGCGGCAAGGACCACGUCAGUCGUCUCAGGCAGCAGCUCUCCUCGACCACCUGGUUGCCCACGGACACCGUUGACACGUUCAUGUCCCGCAUCACGGACAUCAACUCGCAGCUCCUCGCUGCCGGCGUGUCCAUCCCGGAGGACGACCUGCGCACCCUCGUCCGCAACGAACUCCCCGCAGAGUUUGAUGUGGCGAUGCGGUUCAUGGAGCGCGAGGACCCGCCGCCAUCGCUGUCCAAGAUGACGGCGGACCUCAUCCAGGAGGAGCGCCGCCUGCAUCGUCCCAAGAAGCGCACGCCCGUGCUCGCCAUCGGCGGGCCAAGCCCCGGCUCCUUCGCUGCAUCGCCGAUGCACGCUGGCACGUCGCCCUCCGACACGAGCGGUGGACCAUGCUGUCCACCUGCAGAGCGCGUGACUUGCGCGUUCUGCAACUUCCGCGGCCACUGCGCGCAGCAGUGCCGCAAGCUGCAGGCGGCCAAGCGCUACCACGUCAUCGACACGGACAGCGACGCCGUCUUCAAGAGUCAGGACUUCACCGACCUGUGCCUGGCCUUCGACAUCAAGCAGCGCUUCUCGCCACCGCACUCGCAGGCCAAGAACGGAUCCGCAGAGCGCACUUUCCGCACCCUCUUCGAGACGGCGCGUACGAUGCUGUUUGCUGCGGACCUGGACAAGCCGUUCUGGGGCUUCGCCGUGCAGCACGCCACGCUGCUGCACAACAUCGCGCCACGCAGGAGCCUCAAGGACAAGUCACCGUUCGAGGCCCUGACUGGGCACGCCUUCGACGUCAGCCUGUUGCGCGUCUUCGGCUCGCCGGCCUACGUGCAUGUGGAGAAGAGCAGCACGCGGCACAAGCUUGACCCACGCUCACGCGUCGGCGUCUACGUUGGUUUCGCCGAGGAGGACCAGGCCCACGUCGUCUGGAUGCCGGACACGCGACGCGUUGUCCACACCAUCCACGCUCGCUUCGGCGCCAUCAAGAACAAGGACGUCGCCUCCUCUCAGCAGCAGCAAGAGCAGGACGACAGCGGUGCCUCUGCUUCGCAUGCCAACAAGACCGCUCAGCGUUCAACCGAGGACAGUGCCACCGGCGCUCCCCCUGCACCACGUGCGGGGGAGCCGCAGCUCCAGCCACGCGCCCUUGGCGGCUCCGUCUGGGACCAGCUUCUGGUGUCCGAGACCCUCGGUGACAAGGACACCUCUGGUGGCUCAACCACCACGUGUCACGUUGCCACCAGCGCUGCUGGUACGGGGGAGAAGACAUCAGCAGUGGGUGGUCAUCUACCAGACAUCGCUGCUGGCAGUGUUGCCACAUCAACUGAGCCAGCCACCGUCAAGGAGGCGCUUGCCUCGCCAGACUCUGAGGAGUGGCGCCAAGCCAUCCUGGACGAGUUUGCGGCAAUGCAGGCCAAUGACGUCUACGACGUCGUGCCUCGCGCUGACCUUCCCAAGGGCCACAAGCUGCUCCGCAGCAUGGUCAUCUUUCGGAAGAAGCGUGACGACCAGGGCAAGGUGAUCAAGUACAAGGCGCGCUGGGUUGCCAAAGGCUACUCCCAGGUCCACGGUGUCAACUACACGGACACCUUUGCCCCGACGGCUACCAUCGCAGCCAUCCGCACCAUGCUCGCCAUGGCCGUCGCGCGUGGCAUGAACACUGCCAGCCACGGGCCCGUCCUCAUUCGGGCCGGUCGCCACGUCCUUCGACUCCGCGUCAGGACCUCUGAGCGGCCGCGCACCACAGGACACGCCUUCACUCGGGCCAGCCUUCCACAACAGGCUGCGCACCACAGGCACCAAUCGUUUUCUUAA